UUGAGAAUUUGCUUGUGUUGUUGUAUUCUGAGGUGAUUGCGAAGGAGUUGUUACAUUUUAAAUAAUUUCAAUUAUAAAUUGGAAAUAGUACAGUGAUAGUGGUCAUUAAAAGCAAUGUUUUUCAACUUUGAAAUACACAUGAGAUAUAAACAGAUUUCAUUAAAACAAAAUUAACAUCUCGUUUCUGAUGAAAAUAUUUGUUCACAAUUCGACAAAUGUUUUUGGUGUGUAAGUUUUUCAAACGUUUCUGAUAGUGUAAAUUGCCGAAAGAACUUUAAUUUGUACUCAAAGGAACUGGGUCAUAAUGAAAAGCUACGUAGUGUUCAGGACGAGCGUUCGUGUGAAAGUGUUCUAUACUCGUAGUGACACUUGAGUGGAUAUUUUAUUUGACUGAGUGAGGAUGAGGGGGCGACGGUGAAGAGGAAGUCAUCACCGUGGAGCACCUGGUGGGAGGCGGCGGCGCGGGCGGCCUGCUGCCCGGCGCCUCGCCCGCCCUGCACCCGCCCAACAUGCUCCAGCCUAUGGAGGAGAUGACUCUCCCUCCCAAACGACAGGCUGUUGUUGACAGACUACGAAGGAGAAUAGAGACCUAUAGGAGACGACAGACGGAGUGUGUUCCGAGAUUCGAUCAGUCGUUCACUGGCGCAUGCGAGCAGCAGAACUUGGAGACCAGCGCCCUACAAAAGAGGUUUUUGGAAGGGAAAGCCAAGCGCCAAGCCAAGAAGACGGAACGCAAGCCAGAUCUGCCAGCCAUCAGCAGCAACCUACACAGCAGUGUUCACGUUAGCUGUCAACAAAAGUUCGGGUGCGGGGACUACGAGCCGCCGGCGAAGCUCCAGUGCGUCGGCGGCAACACCGCCAACGGCGCGGGCGAGGGGCUGACGAAGUUCUCGGUGGAGAUCGUGCAGCAGCUGGAGUUCACCACGUCCGCGGCGGACUCGCAGCCGCAGCAGAUCUCGACAAACGUGACGGUGAAGGCGCUCGCCAACGCCGUCAAGACGUCCGGCUCGCCGCCGCCGCCGCAGCCGCCGCGCGUGCCCUCGCCCCUCGACUGCGAGCGGGAGUGCAAAGCCGAGUGCAAGUCCGAGAUCGCCGACGACGAGUUCGUGGGGCUGGACGAGUGCGCGGCGGCGCUAGAGCGGGACGCCGCCUCCGCCUUCCCCGGCCUGGCCGACCUCAUCGGCGAGGACGACGGCGACGACGCCUUCGAGGACCUCAUCACCGAGAUCUCAGAGUACCCCGAGUUCAUGAAGGACUUCGACCUCGACGGCGGCAAAGCGGCGCUCGGCGCGGAGCCGCCCGAGGGCGAGCCGGCGCCGCGGCCGUACGGCGCGGGCGAGAUGUCGCCGGCCGCGCAGACGCUCAAGCACAUGGCCGAGCAGCACCAGCAGGCGGCGGGCGGUGACUGGCGGUUCCGCGGCUACGGCGGCUACCGCCCGCGCCCCGCGCCGCCCGCGUCCCACGCCGACCACCUCCACAUGUCGCAGCAGCAGCAGCUCCACCUCUCCCAGCCUCAUCACAACCUUCAGGUGUCAGCGGCGCAGCACAUGCAGGUGAGCGGGUCUGGCGGUGGUCACGUGACGGCGGCCGCGCAGCAGGGCAUGUACGCCAACUUCCAGCACCAGGGCGCGCCGUCGCCGCAGCAUCACCAGGCAGGCAGUGGUUGCGAUUCGUACUCGGUGUCGCAGUCGCAGAGCAUGAACUUCAUGUCGUCGAUGCGGUCGCGGCCCGCGGCGCCGACGCAGCAGCAGCCAGCCGGCCCAGGGAACUCGCCGCAGCAGCCUUUGGGUAUCGCAGCGGCGGGGAUUUCGCGCGAGCAGCAGGCGAAGAUGUUGCAGCAGCAGCAGCAGCAGAUGUUGCGGGCGCAGCAGCAGCAGAUGCGGCCGCCGCCGCCGGAGUACAAGGCGCGGUUUGUGGGGGCUCGCCCCCGGACCGCGGCCCCCGCGCCCCGCGCCUUCGCCCCCCACGCCCGACACUACCCGCCCGAGUGGAGGCACGUGCUCAUACAGCAGCAGCAGCGGCAGCAGUUCCCGCACCACCAUCAAGGUUUCAACAUGGGCAAUAUGGGCAACAUGGGGAACGUGAGCAGCAACAUGUCGCAGCAGCAGGCGCAGCUGCAGCAGGUCCGCCUGCAGCAGCACAUCAUGCAGCAGCAGCAACAGAGGGCGUCCAACCGGGACUCGUCAAUGUCGCACCUUAUCAUGCAGCAGAAUCAGAUGAUGAGCGUCCAAGGACAGAUGUCCAACAUCCACAUGAACCAGUCACAAACAAUGUCCAUGCAGGGCAUGGGCAUGAGCAACUCGCACAACAUGCAGAACGGCAUGCAGAGCCAGUCCAUGCACGCCGGCUCCAUGCAGCCGAGCAUGAUAUCCAGCGCGCCCAUGCAGAGCCAGAACUCCUUCCCCUCGCUCCAGAGUUCUUCCUUCAGCGGUCAAACGGCAGACUUCAACCUCGACUUCCUAGACAACAUGCCUUCCAGCGACGCGAGCAACGUCACAGCACAGGAGCUCCUCAAUUCCCUGGACAACUCCUUCCUACUCAACGAUAUACUAUAAAAUGUGGCAAAUCUCUCUCGGAGUUUGGACUCGGCGUACAGUAUUCCAGCUGUCAACUGUUUUCAAUUUGGCAGUUUAACCGUGUAAAAUGCUGAAGCGCUCGGGAAUAUGAGUCGUAUUUCCUGCACACACGGCUCUACUUCGCCCGAAGUGAGCCUCGAAUCUUCAGGCCAAUAUUGUAAAUUAUUAUCCAUGUAUCUCCAUUUUUGUUUUAUCGAUGUAUCGAUAAGGAGCCCUUAGGGCAAAAGUCCGAAGUUAAUUCUAUUGAUGUUCAAUUAGGACUACUUAUAAAGUAGCAAAAAUUUACUUAAAAUAACAUUUACAAGCGUACUAUUUCGAUUGUUUAUUUGAGAGUAUACCGACGAGUGGCGUCAUUUUUCAAAUUAAGUAGGAGAUAGACAUAAAGGAACUGCUAACAUUAACAUUUAACAUCGAUGAUAAGACGGGUAUACACUAGCGUGCUACUAUUGUAACUAACAAACAAAAAAAUAUUGAUUAGUAGUUGACAGUAACUUGACCCGGAAUUUUUAAAUCUGUGAACGAGUAGGUGCCUUAAUAUGUUGAAAAGCUGGAUUAUAAGGCCAUACUUCAUAUUGAAUACGAGAUGUAUGCAAGAUCGUAGCUCGCUAGUGCGUGCGUGGACUGAGGACGGCCACGUUUCUAUGUCAGCCGACCCCGCGGCCGGCGGCGUCGGCGGGCUCGCGACCAAUAUAUUUAAAUAGACCAAAGUUAUCGAAUGAAUUUAACAUCUAAAAUUUACAUAAGUCGUUGUUAUCCCUUUGCGAAUCUUCGGAUGUGUUUAAACUUUCUGACCGAUCGUUUUGUAGUAUAUGUAUUUUAAUGAUAAAAGUUUUAAAGUGUAUAGGUUUUAGCGGGUGCAAGUGAAUUCGUUUGUACGAAAUACUGUAAUCUAUUGGUAGGUUUUAUCUGCAAGUCGUUGUUCUUCUACUUUUCCGAUAUCUUCCGAGUGGAGUAGCAGUGUUCGUUGUAUAUUUUUUACAAAUAUUAAAAUAGCACAAAAGACAAUUCAAUAUUUUUAUUUACACUUAUAAAUUUAUUUAUGAACGACAUAUCGGGGCAAUAAUAUAUAACGUAUCGCUUAAAUGUAACGACGUAGUAAUUUAUUUGUAAUACAGGACCUCCGUUGGGCCGCGUCCCCGAUCUUUCCUACACACGAUCAUUAUUAUUACGUCCAGUACAACAAGAACAGUAUUGUAAGCUGAAUUAUCGAAGAAUCUUUUAGACGGAAUAUAUUAAUUUUAUUUAAUAGCUUUCUUUAUGGUAAUUUUCUUGAGUGUUGUUUGAAAAAUGUUUUUGAAUAUUUCUUUUUUUUUCUUCUACUUAUUUCCUUAAAUACAAAUUAUAUUAUGUGUAAUAAUAUAAUAAUUGUGUAGGAAGAUUGUGAGCGCGGCUCGUCACUCCGCCUCUAUAAGGCCCGAUAUAGUUUAGUUGAAAUGUAAAUGUUACUCGUAAGUUAAUAUAAGAUCAUUCCUGUACCUAAGAUACUAGCGAAGUACUGUGAUGCCGGCGGUAUAGACGAAUAGAAUCAAUUAUAUUAAAUAGACUAUUGUUAUUGUUAAGGAUCUCAGUGUAUCAUUUAGACGGCGCGGAUUCUGGAAUAUUCAGGAUGUUGGUUUUACUUUAUUUCGAAUGUUCAUUACGUUUUAUUCAGAAUAUCGACCGAGCAAUGUUAUUGGUGACUGUAUUGAAUAUCUGUAUGUAUACAGGCAAUUGCAAAUUAAUAUUUUAUUAUGCAGUAUGUACGCCCAUUUUGGGUAACUUUGA